AUGUGGCUCAUAGUUCUGGAGAAAUGGGUCGAGAAGCCACUGGAAGACUGUCCUCAAUAUAUUUCAGUGAGCUCGAAAAUCGUGACUAAGCAGUUGGCAACAUCGUCGGCGGAGAGUAAAAGACAGGAGGUAUUGGAGAAGAUAGAUAAGUCUGAUCCUCUGUUUGGGCUUAUUCAAGAACAUUUUAUUGGCGUGGAUCCUUUAUCUGGAAAACCAAAGAUCGUUAAAGAAGUUUUGGAUGACAUGAGACUCUAUAUACGUGCAGCUUCGGGCCCUGAGAAGAUAGGGAGAAAAGUAAGGAAAUCCAUCGAAGAUUUAGCUAAUGAUCCUAUUUCACAUAUGACUUUCUUAAGGCUGGAAUCUCCUCCUUCGGUCACCAAAGCUCUGAAUAAAGGUAAAUGGAUGGUCUAUAAUUUUAGUUCUCAAGCUGAGACUAAUCAAAGACCUGAGAAACUUAUGGCGAGUGCAAUUUCGGCUGAAUUUAAAAUAUUGCAGUCUGGAAAAGUGGUGACAAAGAUGCCUCCUGUGUUGGAUCAAACUGAUUUAAAUCAUCAUGGAUUCUCUAUAGUAGGUCCAACGGGUUAUAGUGCUGGUUUUUACCAAACCACUACUUCCGGGACUCUAUUGAAGAAAUCAAAGGGGAGAAAAAGGGUGUUAAAGGCGGAUACUAAAAGAGGCAAAAAGGUGGGAGAAGGAAUGAUGUCUGAUAUGAAGAGGAAAUCACAAGAAGAUGUCGAGCCAUCUCAAAGCUCUGCAAGGUUUAAGAAACCAUUGGUGGUUCUACCUUGA